AGCAACGUUUUCAUGAGUGAGCGCUGGUUCGAUUCUAUUUAACUCAUUGAUCAGCGGUCUCCCGCCUCGUGUUCUUUUUCCGUCGAAGAGCAGCAGCCGCAAGAUGGGUAAAGUUAAGUGUUCCGAUUUAAGGACGAAAGAUAAACAUGAGCUGCUCAAGCAGCUCGAAGAGCUCAAAACAGAGCUGACGAACCUCCGGGUGGCAAAGGUGACCGGCGGUGCUGCCUCGAAACUUUCGAAAAUCCGAGUGGUGAGGAAGGCCAUAGCUAGGGUAUACAUUAUUAUGCACCAGAAGCAGAAGGAGAACCUCCGUCUGUUAUACAAAAACCACAAGUACAAGCCGUUGGACUUGAGGCCGAAGAAGACCAGGGCGAUGAGGAGGGCGCUGACGCCACACCAAGCGAAGAAGAAGACCACUAAAGAAAUACGCAAACGUUCUGCCUUCCCUCCGAGGAUGUAUGCUUUGAAGGUGUAAGGUACAAAGCAGAAUACUUUAAAAUAAAGAUUUUCUAAAAAUUC